AUGAAUCGUCGAAUGCUCUCCCGCGAAGACGAAAUCUCCGCAGAAACACCAGUCACCCUCUCCGACCAAAAAGCCAUAAACACCUUCUCAACCCUCCACUCCCGUCAUAUCCUCCUAACCACCACCUUAUCCGAAAAGGCCACAGAGAAGGAAUACCUCACCGACGUCUCCUCCGAACUUGAAUUGUCCGAUGACGACGAUCUAGUACCUUACAAAAUCGGUGAUGCCUUUGUUUCGUUAAGAGUCGAGGAGGUUAGAGAGUUGUUGGAAGGCGAGAUUAAGGUUAUCGAUGACGAGAUCGAGGAGUUGGAGGGGAAGGUUAGAGAUGAUAAGGAGAAGAUGGAUGAGUUAAAGGUGGUGCUGUAUGCGAAGUUUGGGAAGAGUAUAAAUCUGGAGGCGUGA